AUGUAUCGCUUCUGUAAUAACCAGACGUUAAACCCAGCAAUCUUUCCUCAGCUGUGCACCACAGUAAAGAUCGCGAGCAGCUUGUGCAACGACGACGCGCCUGAGGCGUCCGCCGGGCUGUGCACGCAGCUGCGGUUGCCGUACUCGAGCAUCACCGAGUUCCAGCGUUGCCUUCCGCCUUACCCUAUCACGAGCACCUCCUCCAUCAAGGCCCUGCACCUCACCGCCUGCGAUCAGAUGGAGGGUUUCUGGGAGCCCAUGGCGGGUUGCGACACGUGCACCAGGCAGUCCUGCCCUGACCCGCUGGCCUCUCUUAGCGCCGGUUGCAUCGGGAUGCCCAUGGACCAGUGCGGCGGGCUGGAUGCGCUGUGUGCCCUUGGCGCCAGUGCCCUGUGUGGGAAGAACCUCAGAACCGCACCCCCAAGACCCCCGUCGCCGCCACCGGAGCCGCUUGCUAUCGCAGGCUCGCCGCCCCCGUCUUUGCCAUGCGUUACCAACUCAUCACUGCCAGCUUGUGCAGCGUACGAGUACCCGCUCGCCAACAUGACCGCGGAUCUGGAUUCGCUGUGUACGCCUAUGCCGUACAUGCCAGGCUGUACGAUUCGCUUUGCAUGCCAGGCCAGCCAAGUCACGGGUGACUUCUGCCGGCCCAUGACGCUGCUCGCCACCGCCUGCGUCGACAUGCCCGGGAUGACCGGAUGCAGGCCGUACAUGCAGCUGUGCCGUAACACAAGUGUCGUACGGCAAUGCGCGCAGUAUCCCGCCAUCCCUGGGCUUCCCAACAGCAUGCAGGCCAAGAAGGCCGUGGUCAUUGACAUUUGCGGCUCCAGCCAGGUUGCCAACAUCAGCCAGUCGACCAAGCUGUGUGACGACUGCAACCAGCUGAGGUGCCCCGACUACCUGGACCCGCUGUCCACUCUGUGCAGCCUGAGUCCGAGUCUGCCAGGCUGCAGCACCUACCUGACUUGGUGCCGCGCUUCGUCGGCGUGGGAGGCGGCAACGCCGGGGAGUAACAGCAGCCUGGGAUACUACUGCAGGAGGGGACAGUCACCGCCACCCAGCCCAUCGCCAGUAACCUUAUUGCCGCCGCCGCUAGUCCCUUCGUCGCCAAGGGCUUCACUAUCGCCGCCGCCGGUUAUGCCCAACCAAUCACUGAACCCAGCCAACCAACCGCCACCUCCAACCGACGAAUCACCGACUCCAGCCCACCAACCGCCGCCUCCAACCGACAAAUCACCGACGCCAGCCAACCAACCGCCGCCUCCAACCGACAAAGCACCGCCGCCAGCCAACCAACCGCCGCCUCCAACCGACGAACUACCGACGCCAGCCAACCAACCGCCGCCUCCAACCGACAAACCACCGACGCCAGCCAACCAAUCGCCGCCUCCAACCGACAAACCACCGACGCCAGCCAACCAACCGCCGCCUCCAACCGACAAAUCACCGACUCCAGCCAUCCAACCGCCGCCUCCAACCGACAAAUUACCGACCCCAGCCAACCAACCGCCGCCUCCAACCGACAAAUCACCGACCCCAGCAAACCAACUGCCUUCUCCAGCCAAGCAACCACCAUCGCCGACAAAGAAGCGGUCGCCGCCGCCAGCUAACCAACCACCAUCGCCAACAAAGAAGCGGUCGCCGCCACCAGCCAAGCAACCACCAUCGCCAACAAAGAAGCGGUCGCCGCCGCCAGCUAAGCAUUCGCUGCCGCCAGCAAAGCAACCACCAUCGCCGACUAACAAGCGGUCGCCGCCGCCAGCCAAGCAACCACCAUCGCCAACAAACAAGCGGUCGCCGCCGCCAGCUAAGCAUUCGCCGCCGCCAGCAAAGCAACCACCAUCGCCAACAAACAAGCGGUCGCCGCCGCCAGCUAAGCAUUCGCCGCCGCCAGCUAAGCAUUCGCCGCCGCCAGCAAAGCAACCACCAUCGCCAACAAACAAGCGGUCGCCGCCGCCAGCUAAGCAUUCGCCGCCGCCAGCAAAGCAACCACCAUCGCCAACAAACAAGCGGUCGUCACCGCCAGCAAAGCAUUCGCCGCCGCCAGCAAAGCAACCACCAUCGCCGACUAACAAGCGGUAG